UUUCAUAUAUUGCCUAGCAGCGGCAUUGCAUAUUUUGCGAUUUUUAUAAAAAUGAGGAAAGAAAACAGUCUCAGCAAAAUAUGAAUUAACUAUCAAUUAAAAAGAAAGAAAAGUUGUUAGCAAAAUUUUGUCCAAAUUUAUUUUGAAGCAAUCAAUAAAUCCGUAACCAAUUAUUGUUUGUUUGCUUAGAUAUGUCGGAAAUAAUGAUCAGGCAUAGACAUUGAGUAUAUUUUUUUGAAAACUAAAUAUAUAUAGUUUUUCUAACCGAAUCUUAAUACGUGCAUAAAUCAAAAUAUAUAAUAAUAAUUUUAUAAAUAAAUAAAUUGAAGGAGUAACGGGACAAAAAGAAGAAGAAUAUGCCUACACCGCGCACAUUUGGUCGAAACAAAAAGCCACCUUUCAUCAUUGACAAUCAGAGUUCAGAUGCAAAUAGAUCCGGAACGAAUUUAACCGGAAUGCAUUUAAAUUUAGGUGAAGGCUCUCCGGCGCAACCAUGCAAACUGCCAUUUUGGUGGUCCUCACUACCGCAAGCAGUCUCAAAAAAAGGUUCCAAAGGUCGAAAAGAACCACCGCCUCCUGAGCCAUAUAAGAACGUUAUGUAUGACAGAAGGGUGGUCAAAGGUCCUAAUUACGGGGUGAAUUCACUUUUGGUGGAAUAUGAACUACCGAAUAAAUUCAACGAAGUAAGAAGGCGAUUGACACUACGCAAAAAUUUUAAUUGCCAGAAAAAUUUACGAAAUGUUUUAGGAACACCGCCACCUGUGCACGGCCGACAUCAUGAAAUUAUGCAAACCGAUAAAUAUUUAGAGGAAUUGGUAUCACACCCGCCCGAGUUCGAUGCCGAAACUCAGACAGAUUUGUUUCUUGAGCAACCAGCUCAACCAUCUUACACACCGGCGAAAAUUGGAAUAGAUGUCGGAACGGAAAUUGGCGAAGGAGAACUCUUCCACUUUGAUGCGGAAGCUGAACCAAUUAUUGAAGCCAUGAUCGACAGCAUAAUUGAGAUGACGGUACUAGAAAUGGCUCAUGAACGCGAAAUCGAAUCUAUACGCAGGCGACAAGAUAAGCUGCUUGCUCAACGUGAAGCUGAGUUGGCGGAAUUGCGUCGAUUGGAAGACGAAGAAAUACGUCUAAGGGCAGAAAGAGAAAGACGCGUACGACAAGAUGCCAUUGCCAAGUCAGUGGGCGAUGAAAUCCAAAAGGAAGUUAUCGCCGCCAAAAUAUUGCAAGGACACAUUGCCAGCAUUCUUCCAGAAAUUUUGGAUAAUCUUGAACCAGCCGCCGAUGCAAUCAAGCGCCAAAAACUAAUUGAUAGCCUUUGCCCGUGGUUGGCGGCUGGCGUUUCUGAGAAAGUUGGCCAGAUUGUCGACUGCCGCGAAAUUCUUAAAAAUCUUAUUAAACAGCUUGUCGAACAAAGGGCCGAAAUUUAUGCUGACUAUCGUGAAGAGGGAGGAAAAAUCGAAGUUUCCUACGAAAGCGUACAUGAAGAAUGUGAAAUGGAAUUGUGCAAGGAAGAAUCUAAUACUGGCCCGGGUUGUUCCUCUGCAACGUGAUGCUCUGCACUUGACCUCACAAUCUCGUUUUAUAAGAGAACAGAAAGAUUUUCGAAAUUUUUAUUUCUUCGGUUUUCUAAGCA